CCGGCUUCUGUCCUCCUGUGGGUCAAAAUAACGCCUGAUCAUCGAUGUUCAGUGUCAGUUGGUGAACUCAGAAUGGAAACGCUGAACAGAUGAUGGCUGCGGGAAACACUGAGGAAAGACAGAGGCAGACUGUGAGGACGAGUAAACACUGACGAGUAAAUAUUAACUUGUUCUCUGUAGCGGUAACAGGACUGAAGGUGGCGGUAAUGCGGAGUGAGCCGCUGUUGAUCCGCAUAGAAGAAGCGCAGAGGAUCGGCUGGCUGUAGCGGGUCAGUGUCAGCAUGAGCUCCGGGCAGAGCAGCAGCAGCAGCGGGAAAUCCGGGCCGCAGGAGCCGCCCAGCAGCGCGGCGGAGCCGGCAUACAGGAGCCCGGGCCUGCGGGGGGUCAGAACCACAUCACUGUUCCGAGCCGUCAACCCGGAGCUGUUCAUCCGACCUCAGAUGGUCUUGCCCAUGUCUACAUGCCGAAAUGCAGUGAGCUGCUGCCAUGUGAUGAGCAGUUGGACAGGUGUACCUAAUAAAGUGGCCAAAUAAGCCGGUGAUGGCUCUGGGUCUGCUGGCUCUGUCCGUGUGUGUGGGCUAUCUGGGUUAUCUUCACGCCAUCAGAGACAGCGACCAGCAGCUGUAUGAGGCCGUGGACAGCGAUGGAGAGACCUACAUGAGGAGGAGGACCUCCAGAUGGGACUGAGAGCUUCAUCUUCAUCAUCAAACCAGCCGAAUGAUCUACCCGAGCGCUCGUUUGUGUUUGUUGAUGAUCAUGAGCUGGACGUGUUGUGGUUCUCCUCUUUUUGCACUGUGUGUGUUCAAGAUUCAGUGUUUGUCCUCACAUGUGCUGUGAGGAAACUCUUUCUGUUCAGUACGGUUGGUAGUUUGCUCAGUUUCUGUCUUCCACUGAGAGUCAGGGAAGAUUUAAGGUAUAGAAUAAUCCUGAAUAAUUAUAAAUAAAAUAAUGCAACAAAACAUGCAAUUAGAAGAGCAAACUAACCAUAAACACAUGAGGGAAAUGUUUGAGCUGUAUAAUACUGGAUAAAUGUGUAAAUAACUGUAUAAUUGGCAAACAUAUUUUCAAAUAAAUACUUUAAGAUUGA